AUGGCAGGCUAUGACACGAUCCCGCAAAAUGCUGAGUUGAAGGUGGAUAGAUUCACCUUGUCGAUCCCUGACCAGCAACUGUCUGAUUUCAAAGACCUGUUGCGACUCUCCAAACUAGCCCCACGCACAUACGAGAACUUGCACACCGAUGAUGGCGAGUUUGGUGUCAGUUAUUAUUGGAUGAAGAAGGCGAAAGACUAUUGGCUGAACCAAUAUGACUGGCGUGAGAUUGAAAAGUACAACAACUCGUUUCCGAAUUUCAUCGCCCACAUCAAGGAUGACGACGGCGAGGAUUUCCGCAUCCACUUCGUAGGUCUCUUUUCCAAGAAGCAAAAUGCCGUUCCGCUCCUCUAUAUGCACGGUUGGCCCGGGAGCCAUCUUGAACACCUCGAGAUCAUGGACCUGUACCGCAACAAAUAUUCACCAGAAGAGCUGCCUUACCAUGUCAUUGCUCCCUCGCUGCCAGGAUGGACCCUCAGUUCCGGGCCUCCCUUGACCAAGAACUUUACCACCGAAGAUAUUGCUCGAAUCAUGAACAAAUUGAUGGUAGGUUUGGGAUUUGGGAGUGGCUAUAUAUGUCAAGGCGGCGACAUUGGUUCUUUCACGGCCAAGGUUAUGGCAGGAACAUAUGAUGAGUGCAAAGGUGUACAUUACAACUUCGCCGUGUCUAGCGUGCCGCCAGAGAACGUGGAUGAAAGUCAAAUCACCGAGUCCGAGAGGCAUGCCAUGGAGACACGAAUGAAGGCAUUCAACACGACCGGAAAUGCCUAUGCGCGAGAACACGGCACUCGACCGGCGACGAUUGGGUUUGUGCUGGCUUCCAGCCCCCUUGCCCAAUUAGCAUGGAUCGGCGAGAAAUUCAUCGAAUGGACCGACGAGACACCCCCUCUCAAGAAGAUUCUCGACUCCGUCAGUUUGUACUGGUUCACCGAGUCAUUCCCACGCUGCAUCUACUGCUACCGCGAGUUCUCCCUCCCUGGUGGCCCGGGACUCCCGCACGGAAACCCGAAAUACAGAAACGACAAGCCGACCGCAUACUCGUGGUUCCCGAAGGAGCUGGCGCCGGUGCCGAAGGCGUGGGUGCUCGCACAGGGCCACAACCUCGUGCUCUUCCGACAACACGAAUCGGGCGGCCACUUCGCGGCAAUGGAGAAGCCAAAGGAAAUGCUCGAGGACAUGGAGGAGUUUAUCCAGAAGAUCGGCUGGCCUGUGAAGAAGUGA